AUGCUGUCAUUAAUAGUGACACCACAUAAACAAUGGGUUGAUAUAAUUAGCGCAUUAUAUUCUUCAUGCUACGAUGACAUAGAUCAUAACCGAUACGACUCUGCAAACUAUUGUCGAGCGAAAGGAUUAAACAUAAAUAAUGCAAAGAUUGAUACCACAGAAUAUUCUGUUGACUAUUAUUUGAACGAUUCUGUUGUCACCGUUGAUGAGAUCAUAACCGAUACGACUAAUAGUCCAGAGCCUACCACUGAAGACGACGACGACUAUUAUGAAUAUGAAACCAAUAAUAGUGGUUAUAAUGAAGGAAAUUGUGCUAAUAAUAAUAUUUUUGAUAAAUUACUUGAUAUAUACAAUGAGAAUAGAGAUCUGGUUGUUGUGAAGAAUGUAAAUAAUGUGAAUAAAACAUUGGACACAAUCAACAGACUUUCUAAGAUUAUCUUCGAUUUAUCUAAAGACCUGUUAAGCGUUAAACAGUUGACACAAUUGGCAGAAAUUUUCUUUAGUAUAGAUAUUCCGACCGAUUGUUUGCUAUCAUUGAUAGAAGUGGUCAAUGGUAUCAGACGUGAGGAAUUGUGGGCCAUUAAGUUUAUCGAUUCAAUGGGACGAAUACCUACGGGUAUAAUGGAAGGAACGGUAUCUCAUUUCGGGGAAUUUGACGAAUGUCUGGGCAUUGAAAGUCCAGUCAAUGCGGACACACUGUCGACCCAAUCGCUUAUUAAGGGACAAUACUGUUUGGCCAAAAUUAUAUUGCCUUAUCCUAAGAAACAGCCAUUAGAUAAGAGAGCAAAUAAGAAUAUUUCAAACAAGAUUUAUUUUGAUAAAUUGGUCGCAUUUCUCAAGAAUUAUAAUAUGGAUCAGUAUUUAACAGUUUUCAAACUCAUUGAGAUAUUAAAUAACCAAAAGGGGGCCACUUUCCGGUUUGGCACAUGUAUACCAUCAUUAUUGUUCGCCGAUUCGGGAUCCAAACGCUUUGUGUGCAUCGAUGCCAUACGUUUCCUAUUGAUAAUUAACUGCAACCCUCCCACAUGGUUCCUAUCAGCUCUAUUCCAACUACAAGUGAUCGCACCGUUUAUUGUGCUAAUGCUAUACAGAUCACCCAAAUUAGGUGUGAGUUUAACACUGGCUAUAAUAAUGUUUGGAUGUUAUGCCAGUAUAUCACCGAAGCAUCUGUUCGGCCAAAAGACAUAUUUGGAUCCAUUGGGCAUUAGUUCCCUCGAAGAGAUGACUAAAGCAUUCGUAGCCUUUCAUAUGGGAAUCAAUCAGUAUAUCAUCUCAUUCUUCAUCGGUAUAUUAGUCGGAUAUUUGGUCCGCGAGAAUGACAUUAACAGAUGUCUGUCUCGCAAAUGGGAGGCCCUGUUGUGGGUGUUGUCCUUUUCAACAAUUAUAUAUGUCAUGUAUUGGUAUAUGACUUUGCAUACGUUGAACGCCUCCCCUCCCAAGUCCAGUGUUUUAUUGUGGUUUUCAUUCGGCAAACUAUUCGCUUGUAUUGCCAUUUCAUGGAUCCUAUUCUCGCUGUGCAUCGGGAGAGCAGAUUGAAUACAUAACUAUAGACUUCAUAAUAUCAGCGUUCAUAGCGUUUCUCUUUUAUAUCUUGAUUGAGAGACCAUUUAAUAAUAUAAUCGCACUUUUGUUUGACAGGAGAGCCAGCGAUGAAGAGUUCUUCAACACCGAGAAAAUACUCAAUAAUAGACAUGUUUUGCCACAAAUCAAUGUUUUUACAGCUAAUUGUCACGAAAGUUAUAAUAAAUAGAUUUAAUAUAACUUUAACUUAAAUAAUUAAAUUACAAAUUUAUUUAAUGUUGAUUUUAAUAGAAAUUUUACAUUUC